GUAAAUAACACACACUUCAAUGCACACAGGCCAUCCCUCAUUGAUCUGACGAAAUCGACAACCGCCACGUUUACUUAGAUACGUAGAUCCCACGCAAAAUUAAAUGAUUGGUGUUUCCAUGGCUUCUUCUAGCACUUGUUCUUCUUGGCCGGCCUGGCAGAGAUGACCAUCCGGCCCAUACCAUACCCGAGGUCUACGGGGCACAGCCAUGUCUCCCCAGCUGCAGGGAUGUUUGUGGCCCUCGACGUCCGUCCCCUGUCCUGCACCGCCUCGCCCUGCUUUUGCCCUGCUCUUGGGGUUUGGGAUUUGGGGUGCAUCAUCCCUGGAUGAUGAGUUGUCCCGAUGCGAGCUGAUGAGGGUCGCAAUUAGGUUAUCAAUCUGCCCGAGCUCCUCGGCCAGGAAUAACGACACAUGCCGACGGCCGACUGCCACUCCUCCGAUUCAUCCGAUAUGCCGACAUCUCCUUUCCCUGUACGGAGUACCGAGUUGAGUGCCGCCUGGUAGAAACGACCGAGCGAUUACCAACUACCUCUUGUCUUCAUCAAUGUUCCCGUGGACUUGACCCAAGCCACCGAUCACCC